AUGAAGGAUUCUGACUUGACUGACGCGGAAGAGCGCGAUCUGCUUGUCGCGCUCAUCCGAGUGAACAAGAUCGAUCUCAAGACUCUGAAAUGGGACAAAAUCCCUGGGUGUCUUCAAGAUGAAGGCCAUCCCAACCGCUCUCUCGAUGAAUACAAACGAAGAAUCAAUCAGAUCUUUAGACGGAACGAUAAAGCUUUGAAGUUGGAAGACGGUAGCGACGCCGACAAGAAUCCUGACGACCAUCACAAGAUAACGACUGCGUCCGAGUCAAAGGCUGUCAUCAAGGAUUCAGGCUCCACAGCCAAGGCUGCUCUCCGACCCUUCUCUCAUCCUCAAGCCUCGAAGGCGCCGUCCACUCUUAAGUCCGGUCUUGUCUCUACGCCUCGCAAGAACACCGACGCGUCUCGUAAGAAUGCCGACGCGCCUCCCAACAUUGAGUCCGCGGCUCGAUCCAUACCAGAAGGCAACUACACGGCUCGUAGAACACCCUCCAAGGGAACCAAAGACGCCGUCCCUCCCAACAAGAAGCCCGCGGCUAGAUCUAUACCAGAAGGUAAUUACACGGCUCGUAGGACAGCCCCCAAGGGACCCAGAGACGCCGUUCAGACUGCAUCGCAAGCUAGCAUUGCACCCGACGUGACGAAAAAGUCAUCACCUGCAUCAAAGGCUCCCCAGAGCCCUACGAGACGCUCCAGAAGCCCAAAGUCCGAGGCACUCACACCCGAACGAUCUGCAAAGAAGCCCCGACGUGCCCUCUCAACCCCCAGAAAACCGGCCACACCUAUAGGUGGACCGCGAGACGAUAGCUCACAGAAGCGCAACAAGCCCACCCCGUCACCGUUGCUGCGCAAGACUCCCAGCGGCCACUACAAGGGCGUGAUGGACCUUUCACCGCACAGUCCACUCACCGGGCAUGGCUCUUUCUCUAAGCGCGAUCCGAACACUCCCACUCGCCCUCGAAAGGAAACAAUGUCUCGAGAGGACGCAGAAAAGGCUCGUAUGACGCUGCCGUCGUCCCGACCCGUCUUAGCGACUGCUCCGAACAAGACGAGCGUCAAUGAGUUCAUUCCGGCCAACAGCAACGAUGUGGAUGGCUUCGUCAAGCCUGGGCAGCGUUCAAACCGCUAUGUGUCUCCUAAAAAGGAGAAGGGCCCUGGACCUUCAGGUGCAGCGACGGAGUGA